AUGAUUGCAGGAGAGUAUGUCUGGCAGCUCAGGGAGAGCCAAGGUGAAAUCAGCGGAAACUCACGUGCGCGAAUGAUCUUCAAGCGGUACUGGAGCCAGGUGGUGGUGCGACUGCGCGUUGUGCUUGAAGGCUGGCCACACAAGGAGAAGAUUGCAUUUGCAGAUCUGUCGCUGCUGAAGACAGCACAGCUGGAGAUCCUGCUGGCACGGUGGACAUCCGGGACACUGUUUUUCAGGCGGAUCAACGAAGCAGAGUUUUCAGAGAUGCGGGCAGCACGGGAGGCGCAGAUUGCGGCAGGC